GACGCCUCUCUCUCUCCCUCUGUGAUCAGUGGGUGAGAGGGGGGAGACGAGGAACACACAACGGAGAACCCGGCGAGCGCCUCCGUCAUCAUCUUGUUAGCUCAUCCUUUCAUUACACCACCGGUCCUGGAUCCCCCAACCACGGUCCUGGAGACGCUUGAGUCUGCAGCAGCGCACGAUCUGCUUUAUUUCCAGCCUAUAUCUGAAUGACGGGCGGAAGGUUUGACUUCGACGACGGUGGCACUUACUGCGGGGGGUGGGAGGAUGGCAAAGCCCACGGACACGGCAUCUGCACCGGACCCAAGGGCCAGGGCGAGUACGCCGGGUCCUGGUCGCACGGCUUUGAGAUUGUAGGAGUGUACACCUGGCCCAGCGGGAAUACCUACAGGGGCUACUGGUCCCAGGGGAAGCGGCAUGGGCUCGGUGUGGAGAAUAAAGGGAAGUGGAUGUACCGCGGAGAGUGGAGUCAUGGUUUUAAGGGUCGCUACGGUAUCCGGCAAAGCCACAACACACCUGCUAGAUACGACGGUACCUGGAGCAACGGGCUGCAGGAUGGAUAUGGGAUCGAAACCUAUGGCGAUGGCGGUACCUAUCAGGGCCAGUGGAUGGGUGGGAUGCGACAUGGCUACGGCGUGCGUCAGAGUGUUCCCUAUGGCAUGGCCACCGUUAUCCGCUCUCCUCUCCGCACAUCUCUGGCCUCACUGCGCUCUGAGCAGAGCAACGGCACAGUGCUCCAGGACCUCUCCUCCCCUGCAGACACUCCGACAGGCAGUCGUGGUGGCUUCGUCCUUAACUUCCACUCAGACAGCGAGGUUGUCACUGGCAAGAAGAAGGGCCUGUUCCGCCGGGGCUCACUCUUUGGCAGCCUCCGGCAGUUGCGCAAGUCUGACUCUCGGACCUCAAUCUCCAGCAAGCGCAGCUCUGCACGCAGUGAUGCUGCCAUGAGCCGCAUCAGCUCCAGCGAUGCCAACUCUACUAUAUCCAUCGGUGAUGGCGAGCUGCCAGAUGAGGACCUACCUCUAGAGGACCAUGUGGAUGCCACCACGACCGAGACCUACAUGGGCGAGUGGAAAAACGACAAGCGCAAUGGAUUUGGUGUUUCAGAGAGAUCCAACGGGAUGAAGUACGAGGGAGAAUGGCUUAACAACAAGCGCCAUGGUUACGGGUGCACAGUUUUCCCAGAUGGCACCAAAGAAGAAGGGAAGUACAAAAAUAACGUGCUGGUGCGUGGAAUAAGGAAGCAGUUGAUUCCUCUUAAGAACCCCAAAACCAAAGAGAAGGUGGAUCGGGCUGUGGAGGCAGCACAGAGGGCUGCAGCCAUCACCAGGAGUAAAGUGGAAAUAGCAGCUUCCAGAACGGCCCAUGCCAGGACAAAAAGCGAGGCUGCAGACCAGGCCGCCAUCUCUGCUGUGCAUGACUCAGAAAUUGCCAGGGCGGUUGCUAGGGAGCUCUCCCCCAACUUUUACCAACCAGGUCCUGACUACUUAAAACAACCGCUAAAGGAGCCUGUGGAGAUUAAAAAGGUCCCUGUUGAAAAGAAGGACAACUCCCUAAGUGACUCUCCCCACUUCUUCCCCAAGGGUACCACUCCUACAUGCACCCCUGCGACCAGCCCUGUAGCCACACCUCCCCCUUCGCCUCACUCCAGCAAGAAGAAAGGUCAGCUCGCCAACAGCACCAGUCGCAAAAUCAGCAAAGAGGAAAAACCUUCCCGCAAAACAAGCAAAGAGGAGAAGGCAAGUCAUAAGACCAGCAAGGAUGAGCGGUCUAGUAGAAAGCUGAGUAAAGAGGAGAAGCCGCCUGUCACUGAUGGCCCCAAAGCUUCUCAUGUGCACGAGGCUCCACCUAAACCUGCUAAAAUUCAGCAGCCUCCCGCAGCAUCUUCUCCUCCUCAACAGCCUCCUGCAAUUCCAGUCAAUGGCGAGGUCCACAGCGAGUACCACAGUUACUACGUCAAGGCCCCUGCAAGGGCCCGUCCACCGCCGGACCGUGAGGAGGAUAUAGAAGAAGAGCCUAGUAUCCUGGACCUGGCACGUAUGCCUCCACAACCCCCUAAAUCCUAUAGUAUCCCCCCUCCUAAGCCAGCCUCCUUACGGGAAAGCAAGAGCGACCCCAAACUCAGGAAGCAGGAUUCCCUAAAGCCAAAGAGCCUCGCAGACACAAAGAAAGCCAGUAUGGAGAUUGCAGAAAACAUGGAAGAAACAGGUCCUAACUCGGUCCUUGUUGCUAUGGUAAUGCUGCUGAAUAUUGGCCUUGCAAUUAUAUUUGUCCAUUUUCUGACAUGAUGAAGCUGUUUCUCAGUGAAACCAUGGCAACCGGUACAGUUGCAUCACCGGCCUUGACAAAUGAAUAUGGCGCCAGUGAGACACGGGAGCGGCCGUAGGUGUUUAGGAAUCAGCGUGACACCGAAGAAAAUCAGGAGGAAGGCUUCACUACCACCAACCUGUCAUGGGCCUCCUUUAGGGCCAGCCCUGUGAAUUAGCACUGAUUUGGCUUCUCUGAAAGCUGAGGUGAAAUAUCAUGUCUAGUGAGAUAUAUAUAUAAAAAAAAAAGUUUAAAAAUGCAACCAAACAUACAAGAAGUAAUUGAAACCCACACGUGUGCUGAUCCAAGCACUGGUCUCUGUAGCCCACUGCCUUGGCAGAGAUAGCGGUGGGCUGACGGACUUUGCUGGAAGAGUGUGGAGAUGCACUUUUAGAUGACGGGAGCAAACAGCUGCCUUUCUAUUUUGCCAUCUGACGUUUUGAUGGGGAGAUGUGAGCCCGGC